GCAGCACCACAGUAACACGAUGUCAGUACACCUGUAGAAUUUACUGAAGAAACAUUCCCAGCUGAAAGUUCACUGCUGUCACAGCAUGGCGACGCCGGCGUGUAAAGAGGAGAUCAGCAAAGAGUGGCUCCAAGUCAUACUCACUCAGUACGAAUCAAGGUCAAAACCGAAGGCUUCUGUGUCCGUGACACAUUUCGAGGUCAACCCAGGAGUUGACCCUGGAGAAAAUUUCAGUUCUCAGUUAGUGAAGAUUAUUGUUGAAACAAAAGUAAGUAAUGGUGACUACGCUGAACAUACCACUAAAACAUUUAACUUGCUUGCCAAGUUCAUGCACGGAAAUGGAUUUCUGCGAGAAAUUGGAAAAGCCACGAAUGCACCAAUAAGGGAGGUUAUGAUCUACAAUGAAGUUAUACCCGCAUUGAAUCAGUUUCAGUCUGAAAAAGGUGAUGGUAGUGAUCAAGUGGAUAUUCCAGGCUUUGUUCAUGGCGUGUGUGUAGAAGGUGAAUAUGUGUUGGUGAUGGAGGACAUUAGAUUAUCAGGAUAUGUGAACAACAAUAAGAGCAAAGGACUCAGCCAUAAACAAAUACUAAUGGCUGUUGAAAAGUUGGCUACCGUUCACGCUGUGUCUUAUGCCUAUAACAAGUUCCAUGAUUUUACACACAAGUUUCCUCCAUUCAGAUACCAAGAGAAAGCUCCUGGUCAGUUUACGUUCUUUAUAAUGACCUUUUAUGACUUGUGCGUAAAUCACUUGGAAAAGGUGAAAUACAACGAAAAGCUUUUAAAAAAACUACAUACCAACCGAGCUGUUGUAAAACAGCGAAUCUUGUCGUUGCUUCUCCCUCAGAAUCAACAAAUGAAAUGUCUUUGCCACGGAGACUACUGGAACAAUAACUUCAUGUUUAGAUCAGACAAACCGGACGGGCUGAGCGACCCAGACGCCAUCAUGCUCGUCGACUGGGGCAACACACAGUGGUAUACUCCUGUCCUGGACCUUCAGUACUUGAUCCACACAUCCACUAAGCUUGACUUCAGAAGGAAAUAUCGCGAGGAAAUUCUGCAACACUAUCACUCUACGUUUACUGCCAUAACUACGAAACUGGGAGCUCCUGUUCCCUCCUGGACGUUCGACGUUUUUAAAGAGGAAUGCCAAAAGGCAAGGAUAUUCGGCGUGGUGAUGGGCAUGACUGUUAACCUAAUCACUUUAUCAAAGCAGAAUGAGACGAUGCCCUUGAUGCUAACUAAACCUGUAAACUCAUCCGGCUUGGGUUGGAAAAUUAGCUGUCGCCUCGGGAGAAUUUUAGCUCCACUCUUCCACAGCAAAAUGAUGCGACCUUUGGGGCGGUCGUUUUUCAAAAAAUGGUUGGGGCCUAAUUUUAGUGAGCUUUCCUCAGGGAAGAACGAAAUCAUGAAUGAACGUUUUUAUGAUUUACUCACUGAAGCUAAUGAAGAUGGAGUCUUUGACAUUUAGAAAGGUUGAACUCGGGAAUAUUUAUUUUUCAAAGGCAAUUAAUCAGAUACCACACUCUUCGUUUUGAUUAACUUUCUUUUUGGAGUGAUCAUAAAUAUUGUGUCUUUA